AUGGCCCCGCCAUCGCUACCCCGACUUGAAUCGCCACUUCCAGCAGAGCAGAUGGAUCAGCAACUGGCGAUUGUUGUCACGAGCGGUGGAGAUCCGAUCGCAUCGUCUCCGGCACCGGCUACAUCUGCGGCCGCAACUCCUCCGGUUCCGCCGAUGAGCACGCUCGUCGUGAGAGCGGACAUCCCCCGUGGAUCGGGUGAUGCCUUGCAUCACAUGACUAAUCUGACGCCACCCGCAUCGAUUCCUCCUGGAGCAUUAAUCACUCCUGAUCCUGGUCAGAGAUUCCACCCGAAUCCAAACAUACUAGAUGUAUUUAUCCCAAGGGUGAGGCAGACAUUCGAGACAAAAAAAGAAGCCUACGAAUUUUACUGUGAUUAUGCAAGAUUGGCUGGGUUCAGUGUGAGGGUGAAGAGAACUAGCAAGGAGAGUGCAGACUGGGUUUGCAACCGAGAGGGGUUUCUAAAAAUAGAUAAAGAGAAUAACGAACCACAGAUUGAAAAGACAUCAAAGAGAGUCGGCCGCCCUGCAUAUGCUAAGGUAAAGCAAGAUAAGAAAGGCAACCAAUGGUACUUCGACCAUGUUGAGGAAGCACACAACCACAAGUUGCACCUGUCGCCCAGGAUGGUCAGGUACAUGCAUAUUCACAAACAAAGGGACGCAGCGCUGGAUGACCUAUUUGCUAUCAUGGCAAGGAAUGGGGUAGCGCACCAGGCUGCGAUGAAUGUCAUGUCCGAGCUAUAUGGUGGCCGUCAAAACUGCCCGUUCACAGAGAAAGAUGUCAAAAAUAUGAAUGCUGAGCAAGCAAGGGAGGAAAAAGAUGCUGAUCUGGAGAAACUUUUUCAGUUUUUUAGAGAAUGCAAGACAAGCAACGAGUACUUUUACUUUGACGUGGAUUUUGAUCCGAAAACAAAGGUUCUCAGGAGCAUAUUCUGGAGCCACGCUAGUCAAAGAGCUGAAUACAAGGACUUUGGUGAUGUGAUCACCUUUGACACGACCCACAAAACAAAUAGAAAAAACAUGCCGCUAGGCAUGUUUGUGGGGGCCAAUAACAACCUGAAGAAUGAGAGGCUGGAAUCUCUAAUAAAUUAUCCACUAGGGCCUACACAGUUUGAGGAGGAGUGGAACAAGCUGGUGCAUGAGUGUGAGAUAGCUGAUAACCCAGCAAUAAAUGCACUCUGGGAAAAGAGGAAGAGCUGGAUUGCAACAUACUUCAAGGGGAUGUACUGCGGCAGAAUGACAUCCACGCAGAGAUCAGAAAGCCAGAACAGGAAUUUUGUGCGGGCUGAGGUCGUCCGAGCUUGCAAAUCAAGGUUUGAUGAGCAGCUCAGCAGGAUGUACACGAGAGCUGUGUACCAGGAAUACAAAAGGGAAUAUGCUAACAGCAUAGCAUUUCUCAUAGAACCUAAUCCUGAUCCAGAAGUCAGGAAUGGUUAUUUGGUGAGGCAUGAGAAGGGCGCGGGGAGCUUCUGCUGGGCGCAACAUGCAUUUAAAGUGGUGGCUGACAAGAAAGCAGGAGUGUAUGAAUGCGAAUGCAAACAGUGGGAGCACACAGGGUUGUUCUGCAUGCACAUCAUAAGGGCAUUCACCCACCUGCAGGUGCAGAGCAUACCGAAAAAGUACAUUUACAAACGAUACACGCGUGAUGCUGAGAUCAACCUUGAUCCAACCUCUACAAACUUCCUUGCUGGUAUAUCACUGGUUGAGCCACCAGUGUCACGCACAAAAGGUAGAAAAUCUGGCAAGGAAAGUCAAUGUGCUGAAAAGAUAAAGGGAACUAAUAAUCCUUAUAGCACAUACAUGAGGAGUUAUGGGAAAAAAGUGUGCCACACAUGCAAUGUUAUUGGACACUACAUCACAACAUGCCUGCUAAACCCAAACAGGAGCAGAGCAGCAGAGAACAGAAAAAAAAAGAGGGCUGCCAAAACACAAGGUGGGACUCCGAGAAAGAGAGGUCGGCCAAAAACACAGAGGGAAAAGAAUGAAGAACAAGAAGGGGACCAUAGUGAGGACGGUGAUGGCAACAACUAUGAAUCUGAAUGA